ACAAGAUACACUAAUUACAACUAAGGUGAUAACAAGCUAAGUUAACCCAGCCGGAAAACAUACAAUCUAAAACAUUUUGACUUUUAGUUUUCAACACUAUGAAUAGAGUCAUUUCCUAUGGCCUUAUGAGCUUCUUGCUCGCUUUCAUUCUUGGCACCACAACUGGUACUUCUCUUCAACUCCCAAUCAUCUCCACAAUACUAUUCAUACUAUCUUGCUACCACCUACUCACUAGAACCCCUUCUGUCUAUCUCGUUGAGUUUUCUUGCUUCAAACCUCCGGAUAGUUACCGAGUCCCCUUAGCCACCUUCAUGGAGCAUGCCCAUAUCAUCUUUUCCAACAAUCCUAAGAGUGUCGCCUUUCAGAAACAAAUCAUGGAACGUUCUGGGAUCGGAGAACGGACUUGCCUUCCGCUCCCCCUACAUUACAUCCCUAUUAAUGCCAUGACCAUGAAGUUGCCCAUGGAAGAAGCUCAGUUGGUCAUCUUCUCGGUCAUGGACAAUCUUCUGGCUAAGACAGGCACGGAUGUUAACGACAUUGAUAUGCUUAUAGUUAACUGUGGAGUUUUCUCUCCCACUCCUUCUCUCUCUUCCAUGGUGGUUAACAAGUACAAGCUCAAGAAUGACAUCAAGACCUUCAAUCUCUCCGGGAUGGGUUGUAGUGCGGGCCUCAUAUCCCUCGAUUUGGCUCGGGAUUUGCUUUUGACAUACCCAAACUCAAAAGCGAUUGUUAUAAGCACGGAGAUCGUAACACAAUGUUCAUACGUGGGGAAAGAAAGAUCCAUGCUUCUCCCAAACUGUCUGUUCAGAAUGGGAGGAGCAGCAGUUCUGUUGUCGAACCACUGGACAGAUCGAAGCCUGGCCAAGUAUAAGCUCCUCCACGUUGUGAGAACUCACACGGGGCAAACAGAUGAUGCCUACAAAUGCAUAGUCCAGGAGGAGGACCCAGAAGGUUUUGUAGGGAUAAACCUGAGUAGGAACUUGCCGGAUGUUGCUGCGAAGGCCAUGAAAACCAACAUAACCGCCGCAAGCCCUCUUCUUCUACCCAUGUCUGAGAAAAUACGCUACUUCUUUGGCCUCAUGGCAACCAAGCUCUUCAAGAAACCCGCCUUCGUCCCCAACUACAAACGGGCAGUAGACCACUUCUGCAUCCACGCGGGCGGGCGGGCUGUCAUAGAUAGCGUGCAGAAGAAACUAGACCUCUCCGACGAGAACGUGGAGCCAUCGAGAAUGACGCUUCACCGGUUCGGGAACACAUCAUCUUCUUCACUGUGGUACGAGUUAAGUUACAUUGAGGCGAAAGGGAAAAUGAAGAAAGGGGACAGAGUGUGGCAGAUUGGGUUUGGGAGUGGGUUUAAGUGCAACAGUGCUAUUUGGAAGUGUAAUAGGACCAUAAAGUCGCCGGUGCCGGGCAGUCCGUGGGCUGACUGUAUUCAUCAAUAUCCGGGUAUAAAUAAAUAAAAUGGCUCUCUAUAUAUAUGGGUGGGCUAAACAUGCCUACAUACUAAUAUAUACGUACUAUGCACCAUAGUCAUACAUGGUAAUUGGUAAGUACAUACGAAUUAUAAUAAUGUAAGGUGUUUAACAAUUCUUUGUGAUCCACAUUGCUUGUUGAAUCGGUUUAAAAAAGUACCAUCUCAAUAUGGAUCAAUCAAAUGUAUUCUAGAUACGCUACCCUCAUUUAUCAGUGAGGUACUAUAACACUUACCUAUUUGAGCCCUAGAUCGAGUUCAUCAGACUUGACCACUUUAUAGAAAAAAAGAUAGAUCAGAAAAUUUCAAUCCAAUGAAUGGAGUCUUAUGCCCAAAACGUGAACACAUCAUCUUUGCAUAUGUUGUAAUAGGU